AUGAUCUCCUAUUUCUUCCCGGAUUUUUUCGAUUUUUUGAUCGAUGAUGAAGUUGAUGUUGGUUUUAAUGAUUCCGAGUAUGUUGCCAAAGUCUUGAAUUCCACAGUCAAUUUGGUCAUCGAAAAAAUUGCAAAAAGCUUGAUCAAUGAAAAACAAAUACUAAAUCUCCGACAAGAGAGUCAAAUAACUUGUAAACCUUUGGAUAAAAUUAGUUCAAAUUGUUCUAAUUUGUGUCUGUUUAAUAUUGUAAAUGAUCCUUGUGAAACAACUGAUGUCUCUGCUGAAUAUCCAGGGGUGAUUAGUAAUAUUGAAAAUUACAUAAGUUAUUAUCAAAGUGUUUUGAUGAAUCAAACAAAUGCACCAGUUCAACCAGAAUCUUUUCCUGCACAUUUUCAUCGUGUAUGGAUGCUUUGGCUUGAUAAUAACGUUUGGAAAUAAAUUCAUGAAAUUAAAUAAAUAUUUAGAAGGCAAUAAGGUGUUGAGAAAAAAAUACAAGGCAAGAUAAUAUAUAAUUAUAAUAUUUAAGUAAAUUAAGUAUACAUUAAUAAUAGAAAUUUGCGUCGAAAAAAAAAUAACAAUUUUUAGAAUUGUUUGUGUGUUUUGAAACUAAAUUUAUCAUUAUCAUCAGUAGUAGGAUCAUUACGUGGCUUGAGACCUUCAAGCUUGACAAAAUUGUUGUUUUUUUUUUGUUCAAAUUAUCUCGUCAUCAUUGUUUGUGGUGAAUUUUUGAUUGAAAAUAUUUCGAAAAAACUGA